GUCGAGUCUGAACAAGUGAAGCUAUCUCCUCCAAACAAAAACAAACAGAGAGAGAAAAGAUGGCUUCUUCUGUAUGCACAAUUUGUCUGAGUUUGUUGGUAUUGGCAACUGUAACAAUGGCUGCCACGCCAAGAAAGCCGGUGGAUGUACCCUUUGGUCGCAACUAUAUGCCUACAUGGGCUUUUGAUCACAUCACUUACCUCAACGGAGGUUCUGAGAUUCAGCUUAAGCUUGACAAGUACACUGGAACUGGGUUUCAAUCCAAAGGAAACUACUUGUUUGGCCACUUUAGCAUGCACAUCAAAAUGGUUGCAGGGGACUCUGCUGGGACUGUCACUGCUUUCUAUUUAUCUUCUCAAAACAACGAGCAUGACGAGAUAGAUUUUGAGUUCUUGGGGAACAGAACUGGCCAGCCAUACAUUUUGCAGACUAAUGUUUUCACCGGAGGAGUGGGAAACAGGGAGCAGAGAAUCUAUCUAUGGUUCGAUCCUACUAAGGACUUCCACACCUAUGCUAUUCUGUGGAACAUGUAUAUGAUUGUGUUCCUUGUAGAUGAGAUUCCAAUUAGGGUGUUCAAGAACUGCAAAGAUUUAGGAGUGAGAUUCCCAUUCAACCAACCAAUGAAGCUUUACUCGAGCUUGUGGAAUGCAGAUGACUGGGCGACAAGAGGCGGCUUGGAGAAGACAGACUGGUCUAAGGCUCCUUUUGUAGCAUCCUACAAGGGUUUCCACAUUGAUGGAUGUGAGGCAUCCGUGAAUGCCAAGUACUGUGAGACACAAGGCAAGCGUUGGUGGGAUCAAAAGGAGUUCCAAGAUCUUGAUGCUGCUCAAUACAGAAGACUCAGCUGGGUUCGCCAGAAAUAUACUAUCUACAACUACUGUAAUGAUCGCUCUCGCUUUCCUACUAUGUCACCUGAAUGCAAGCGUGAUCGUGAUGCUUAAUCCACUUAUACUAUACCAUUGAUCACGAUGCUUAAUCCACUUAUACCACCAUUGUUAUAGGUGUUGCUAUUCAUAUUCAUAUUCAUAUGUAUUGUUUUAAAGAAAAAGGAGGGAAGAAGGUGGAGAGUGUAUGUGUGUGUAUGUGCCUUUGAUUUGUUUGCUUCAUUCAAAUUGUUAUACUACCAUGAGUUCUACUAUUUCAUUCA